CAAUCUAGGUUUUAAUUCAGCAGGGUUCAGUAUCACAUUUCUCCUUCCUUUGAUAUCCUUCUCUCUUUAUCUCUUUUAUUCUAUAGAUUUGAUUAUCAAAAGCUAAAUUUACGUUGCUUAAUGAUUCAUUGAGGUGGGUUUGUUAUUUUGCUUUACCUAAUUAUUUCUCUUUUCCCUUUUUUUCUCUUACUUUUACCACAUAGGAGGGGUUAGGGUUUUCUUUUGGGUUAUUGCAUGGGGAGAUCCCCAUAUUGGCCAUUCUCUCCAAUUCUUCAUUGCUGCAGUCAGAAUUGGCAGAUGCGGCAUCAUCAAGAUUCACAAAACUUAUUUGGUAAGGGCUCAAUUUGGAGCUAGUUAGCGAGAUGAUUACUUAUCAUCAUCAUCACUUUACUCGAAAGUUAUGGGAAUCUUGAUGAUGCUGCAUCGGCAAAUACAUGGCUAUUAAUCUUUCAAUGUUAAUUCCUCAUGCUUUGGAAAUAAAGAGAUUCCCGGCGGCCGGCUGGGUUGAACAAGGCAGGCAGAGCAGAGAAACUUAAUUUGAAGUUAUUGGAUACCUAUAUAUUUCCUUAAGUAUUUGGUUGUGUGAGGAACUCCCAAUUAAUUACUCUUAAAUUUGUUUACAUAUCUUGUUUUAUUAAGAUACUCAAAAGUAUACCGCCUAUAUUUCAUUAAUAAAAUUUAUUUUUCCAU